UCCACAUUGCAGCAGAGGGUAUUUGUGGGAAUUCGCAACACCGUUGAGCGCGAAACGAAAGGCAUAAGACUCGAACUCCUCUAACGCUCUUCUUGCUUCCUCUUUCUUCGCUAUCCAAUGUUUGAUCAGUUUAUUCCUUAUUUUAUUUUUUUUCCCUCUACAUUUAGACUCUAUUUGUUUAGUGAUUAUACAAAUCAGUGCAUUUAGAUUUUGGAUAUGUCGUGGCUUCGAUCGGCGGUGAACAAAGCGGUCGAAAAAGGUGGUAGCAGUAAUCUUACUCGCACCGUCCGCAUUUACGCCGACACCGUCGUCCAACAGGCCGGCCAAGCCGUUGCCGGUGGCGCCAAGUUAUUGCAAGACCGCAUUGCAGCUCGGAAUUUCCAAAACUUUAAGCUUGCGGUGAAAAGAUUGGAAGAAGUUUCUGUUUCGUGCAGAGGGGCAGAAAGAGUUCAGUUACUAAGAAGAUGGUUGGUUGCCUUAAAAGAGAUUGAGAGACUACAAGAAGCUGGCAACACUGAGCAUCUUGAUAUGCCUAAUGAAUCAAAUGGGCCUCCAGCAAAGCCAACUGCGGUUUUAUACUACGAUCCGGAUGUUGGUGGAGAACCAAUGUACUUUAAUGAUGUUUUCCUUCACAGUCAAGCCCUUGAGGGCAUAACACUGUCCAUGAUUCUUGAAGAACCUAAUGAAGAGGAAAUUUCUUUGCUUCUGGAGAUAUUUGGAAUGUGUCUCGAGGGCGGGAAGGAAGUUCAUACUGUGAUUAUAAACAUGGUACAAGAUUUGGCAAAAUCUUUUGCAAUCUACAAUGAUGAAGUGCUGGGAAAGAGGGAAGAACUACUUCAAUAUGCACAAGAUGCUAUAGCUGGAUUGAAAGUAAAUGUUGAGAGAUUAAGAAUAGAUUCUGAAGUCUCAAACAUACAUCAAAAACUAGAUGAAAUGAAAAACCAGCUGCCUCUAAGUGACGGCGGAUCUGAAGAAUCUGUGAUGUCAGCAGAGACUUUGAAAGAAGCACUUGCACACAUCGGAUUUUGCUCCAGAUUGGAGGAGAUCCUAUUGCAGAAGAAAUUCUUGAAGACUGGAGAUUCUCCAAAAGUUCAUUCGCAAAAGGUUGAUAAGCUAAAGGUACUAUCAGAAUCUCUUGCAAGCUCUGUCUCAAAAGCUGAAAAGCGCAUUUCAGAUCACAGAUUACAGAAAGAAGAGGCUCUUAGUUUUCGUAUAGCCAAAGCUAGUGAAGUCAGCCAGCUUGAAAAGGACCUUGUUGCUGAAAUUGAAUCACUUCAGAAACGAAAAGAUGAAAUUGAAGCAGAGAUGAAAAAGGUUAAUGCUACCUUGACUUCUGCACAUGCUCGCCUUCACAAUGCCAGGGAAGAAAGAGACAAAUUUGAUGAAGCUAGCGAUCAAAUUCUUCAGCAUUUCAAGUUAAAGGAGGAUGAGCUGUCAAGGUCUAUUAAUUCAUAUAGCGCAGAAGCAGAUGUUUGCAACAGCUUUGUUAAUUUUCUUGAACAUACUUGGGGUUUCCUGUCCUCACACACUGAACAAAAGGAGAAGCUGGUCAAUGAGGAAUUGGAGAAACAUGAAGAGUACUUCAUUAACUUCGCUAUAAGCCUUUUAUCUUCCUACAAGGAAGAGUUGAGGCCUUCUAUUUCUGCUACUAGGGAGCUCGUCGAGAAUUUGAAAAGGUUAGGAACAACAGCUUUUAUGAAUGAGGAAAAGCUAGAACUUAAUUCAAGGAGAGGUCUUGAAGAACAGUACCAGGCAAUGGAGGCUAAGAUUCUAACCACAUUCAGCGUAGUAGAAAGCAUAAAGAAACAGUUCCGUGCGCAAGAUGACAAGUUUUCAAGGAGAAGUGACACGAGAGUGAAUGAAUUACUAGAGGCACUUAAAGGUAUCAAAGAGGAAUUUGAAUCCAUUGAGAGACCUAUUUUGGAAAUCGAGACCCCAACUUCAAGAGAAGAGACGCCACCAAAGGCUAAGACCCCAAGAAUUCCUUUUCUUUCUCCAAAACAGCCUCCAAAUGACAAACUAGAUUUCAAUCAGGAUUUUACUUGGGAAAAUGAGGCACAUAGUGGACGGACAUUAAUGGGGCUUAGUCCCAUAAGUCGACUAUCAUUAACUCACAAUCAGACCUCUGAAAUACCAGAGCUCACACAGGUCGAGAAUCUGGACUCUUUCACAAUAAAACGAAAGAAGUCUGCUGCAGAUAUGGAGGCAGAACUGUCAAGGUUAAAAUUGCUGCUGGAACUUGAGGACCAUAGCAGAGGCAAUUCUAUGGAUGAAAUUGGUGAUUGGGAAUAUGAUGUGACUGAGAAGGAAUCGAAAAAUCUUAAAUAAAUAUGAAACGGACUACCCACUGGGAAAAUGAUUUUAAGCAACCAGAGGGUAAUCAGCAAUCACUUCUGCUGUUUAUAAUUUAUUGGCAGCAUCCAAUUUUCUUCAUGCAUUGAUGAAUCAAGAGAGUAAGUCAGCAAUCCAGGACGAGACAUCAAGUCUGGAUAACAUUUUUUGGACGAUGAAACUUUGUAAAACUUAAAAGUUUCUCGAAUUCUUGUAUAUUCUUUUACCAUACAAAAACUAUAUUGUAUUUUUUCAAAUUAUUGUCUCAAAGGGUUAGUCUUUACCAAAUACAUUCUAAUCUCGACUGAUAAUUGAGGAACAGGGGAAGAAUGUAAGUAUUGUUGAUGUCUUUAUCUUUUACAUCCUUCUAUUUUUCAUUUUACAUUCGGUCAUUGAUUUGAAUUGUUGUUUUGAAUGCCUCAAUCAAUAGUAUAAAUGCUCGCUCUGUUACUUUUGGAAGCUUUUUCCAUAAGAUUAUUAUUAUUUUCAAUUUCUCUUUUGGACAGGCUAUUGAAAAGCAAUAAUUCUACUUGUACAAAGUUCCCUUACAAAGUUGGUUGACAAAAUAUGUGUUGGCAAAAUCCAGGUCAUUGAUUUCAAAUGAUUUAAAAACCUGUUUUUGAAAUGAUUGGUGUGGAUGUUAUUUUGUCAACCUACUUUGUAAACCAUAUUUAAAGUGUAGCACAACUCGUUGAAAAGGCACCUCCACUUUCAUUUGUGAAGCAGAAUUACACAUCAGUUUCACUAUACAGCAGCAAGAAGACAAAGUGGCCAAGUGCAGA